CCAUUUCUCAUUCUGUAUGUUUGUGAGCAUGCUGUUGAGAUAUACGGCAUGCUUUUUAGUUGUUCUCUAAUUUUCUUUUUAUAUCCAUAAACAUUUUAUCUGACCAAAACAUUUUAUACAAUGGGUACAAAAAUAGGUAAAGGGAUCUGAAAGAAGACACGAUUGGGGUAGAUUUGGCCCACCUAUUUAAUUCAUAAACUCAAAGUAGCCAUCUCUUGUAUAAGAACGCUUAACUGAUAUACACAUUUAUUUAUUCAUAGCAGUUAAAAGAUAAACGAAGACCAGGAGACCACAGUUUGAAAUGAAGAGGAGACUUAGGACAGGAGGAGUCAUGGAUGUGAUAACGGCACAAGAUUCAGCUGGGGAGGAGGGGACUCUUCAGAUAAAAGGAGAGUGCUUGCCAUUCCAGAUCUUCCCAGAUCCAGUGGAGGUGGCAGUGGAAGGGAGGAACUUGACAGCCGACCUGGGCUGCAAGUGGCUGAAAGAGAGGCUGCCAUCGAUUGUGGUGGAACCGACAGACGUCUGCGAGGUGGAAAGCGGGGAGCUUCGCUGGCCACCUCAGGGCCUGGGCUCCUUUGAGGAAGAGGAGGAUGAAGAUGAAGACCUGUUCCUUGAUCAAUGCAUCCCCCCCGCUAACAUCGCCGACUGGGAGGAGGAGGAGGAAGAAGAAGAGGAGGCACACAGCAGCCUCACUGACUUCCAGAUGAAGGAUGAGCUCAAAGAGGAGUCCCCAGCAUGCUGUUUGCUCCAGGAUGACUGAAGUAGAGAUGUUACCCCAGGGGCAACAAUGAAGCAUUUUGAUGUGUGGUCAAGCGACACAGUGGAAUCCAUUGUAGAACGCCAAAUACGGCGCUAGACUUAAUUAAUAACUGCAUUUAAAAUGCUACCAAUACAACAUUAAAAUUAAUUGUAGACAACAAAACAUUCCCAAACAUUUCCACAUCCAUGUUUUAGCAAAUCCGUAUUUUCAUUUUAAAACAGAUCUGGUACUGCACUAGGAUGAUGAUCGCUCUCUUUGUAUGUCAUGCUUUUAGACUGUCUUGCACUUCCUGGGUCACCUGGAGGGUAAUACUUAAAUUGCACUGGCUUCUUUCCUGCCAACAAUUGAUUGACAUGCUUACAACCAGUCACAGGUUUUGACCCAGAAGACACUGCUGGGGUGAAAUGACCAAUUAAGUGGUAACAGACUUCCUGGGAGGCAUGGCAAGCAAACUAGGAGCAUUAAAAUGAAAAUACAUGUUUUCUAGAAUUUCAGACCUAUGUAGCCAAUGGCAGGGCAGAAUGGGUAAGACUUAGGGAACUACUUUGUUAUCUACAUUUACUUUAGGGUUUCUGCUGUAUAAGGCAAUAGCAAAGCAUGUUUGUUUGCUCACUGGGUGGAAUUCUAUUGUGAUUACCCAUUGUAACAAAAGCCCAAAUAUCUUUUGUAUUAAAAGAAUACAUUGAA